GUGCAGCCAGAGGAAAAUGAAAUAGAGGGUCAGCAAAAUAAUUAGGUCCCUUAAAUAGGUGCAAAGGAACACUCCUGCCAAGAUAGUGACUGAAAAACAGUGUGCCAAAAAUCCAAUUUUUGGCAGGGAGAUUUAUGUAUGUAUUUUUAAUCUCUGGAAGUUGGAAUGGUGAAUGUAACCAUCUGCUUGGGGAGCAUUGUGAAAUGCUUGUCCUUCUGAACUGCUGAUAAAAAAGUGGGUCUGCUUGCAACCAGCAAGAGCUAUAAAUUAAGUUGUCACUGCAUGUUUCUCUCCAAGCCUUGGCCAGAAAAGAAAUCUAAUACUGCUUUUUUAUGUUGUUUUCCCCACCCUCUUUUUGGGAAGAGUGAGGGACUUGGAAAUGGGUCCAGACAGCAACUGUUACUUAUAACCAAUAGGAAGGAUUGGAAAAGGAGGUACUCAUGGAUAAGACUUCUCUGUAACCAAAGAGGAAACAAAGAGGGGUAGAGGAAGAAAAGGUACACUUCUUUCAGAGAGCUUUGCAAAUCCAUCCUGAUGGAAGGAGAAGCAGCAGGCAGUUCAAUGCCAGCCAACAAGAAAGCAGCCAGCAAACCUCUCCGGAUAGCCCUUGGCGUGUUUGUGACCAGCACGGUUGCACUUGGCACAGCACUUUUCUUGGUUAGCCAAGGCCAUAUAAAACUUCAGCCCAAGCAACAGUAUUGCUUGACUUCUGAAUGCAUUGAAGCUGCUGCUGCAAUCAAAAGCAAGCUCAAUACAUCUGUGGAUCCCUGUGAUAAUUUUUUCCGGUUUGCUUGUGAGGGCUGGAUACAAAAUAAUCCAAUUCCUGAAGACUCCUCAAGCUAUGGAAUCUAUCCUUGGCUGAGACAUAAUGUGGAUCUCAAACUUAAAGCUCUCCUUGAAAAACCACUCAGCAAAAGACGGGACAGUGAAGCUGUACAGAAGGCCAAGAUACUUUAUAAUUCGUGUAUGAAUGAGAAUAAGAUAGAGAAGGCUGAUGCAAAACCACUUUUAAGCAUGCUGAAACAUUCUCCAUUUCGCUGGCCAGUGCUGGAAUCAAACAUUGGACCUGAAGGACUUUGGUCAGAAAGGAAGUUCAGCAUGGUCCAGACACUGGCUGCUCUUCGUAGUCAAUAUAGCAGUUCUGUUUUCAUCCGAAUGUAUGUGUCUUCUGAUGACAAGAUGUCUAAUGAACACAUCAUAAAGCUAGACCAAGCAUCUCUGUCUCUAUCAGCACAGGAAGACUAUUUGAAGAACACCACAGAAGCGAAAGCUUACAGAGAUGCUCUGUUCCAGUUCAUGGUUGACAUAGCGGUGCUUUUGGGUGCCAAUGCUUCACGUGCAGAGCUGGACAUGAAAUCUGUGCUUAAACUGGAGGUUAAAAUAGCUGAGAUAAUGAUUCCAGCCGAGAAUCGAACUAGUGAAUCCAUGUACAAUAAAAUGAACAUAUCUGAACUUACCACCAUGAUCCCACAGUUUGAUUGGCUGGCCUAUAUCAAGAAGGUGAUUGAUACUAAACUCUAUCCAGACCUUAAGGACAUAGAUGAGUCAGAGAAUUUGAUUGUCCGCGUGCCCCAGUACUUCAAAGAUUUAUUCCGGAUCUUGGAAGGGGAAAGGAAAAAGACUAUUGCCAACUAUCUGGUAUGGAGAAUGGUUUAUUCAAGAAUAUUUAACCUUAGCCGGCGUUUUCAAUAUAGGUGGCUAGAUUUUUCAAGGGUAAUCCAGGGGACAAGUUCCUUACAACCUCAAUGGGAUAAAUGUGUAAACUUUGUGGAAAAUGCUCUCCCAUACGUCACUGGCAGAAUGUUUGUAGAUCUACACUUCCAAGAAGACAAGAGGGAAAUGAUGGCAGAAUUGACUGAAGGGAUUCGUUGGGCCUUUAUGGACAUGUUGGAAAAUGAAAACAGCUGGAUGGAUUCAGAAACCAAAACCAAAGCUGUUGAGAAGGCAAAAGCUGUUUUGGCGAAAGUGGGUUACCCUGAAUUUAUAAUGAAUGAUACCUAUAUUGCGGAAGGCAUCAAAACACUGAAGUUUUCAGAGACUGAUUAUUUCGGCAACGUUCUUCAGACCCGCAAGCAUGCAGCACAGUCUGAUUUCUUCUGGUUGAGAAAAGAAGUUCCAAAAACAGAGUGGUUUACUAGUCCAACUACAGUCAAUGCCUUCUAUAGCUCAUCUACAAAUCAGAUCAGAUUUCCAGCUGGAGAACUUCAGAAACCAUUCUUUUGGGGAACAGAAUAUCCUAGGUCUUUAAGCUAUGGUGCUAUUGGAGUAAUUGUUGGGCAUGAGUUCACCCAUGGAUUUGAUAAUAAUGGCCGUAAAUAUGACAAAAAUGGAAAUUUGGAUCCCUGGUGGUCUUUGGCCUCUGAAGAGAAAUUUAAAGAGAAAACAAAAUGCAUGAUCAAUCAGUACAACAACUAUUAUUGGAAGAAAGCAGGCUUGAAUGUCAAAGGAAAAAGAACUUUGGCAGAAAACAUUGCAGACAAUGGAGGUUUGCGGGAGGCUUUUAGGGCUUAUAGGAAAUGGAUCAAAGAAAAGAGACAAGGAGAGGAGGAGGCCCUAUUACCGGGCAUUGACUUCACCCACAAUCAGCUGUUCUUUCUGAGUUACGCUCACGUAAGAUGUAACUCCUUUAGACCAGAAGCAGCAAGAGAGCAAAUCUACACUGGAGCUCAUAGUCCUCCUCAAUUUAGAGUUAUUGGUGCCAUGAGUAACUUUGAGGAAUUCCGAAAAGCUUUCAACUGUCCAGAGAAUACUACAAUGAACCGAGGCCCUGAGUCCUGCCGGCUUUGGUAGCGGUUCCUCUGAAAUUCUGCACUGAAAUCACUUCCUCGUUUUAACAGUUCCAAACUCUUCCUGAGCUACUGCUGCUUCAGAACAGUAGAAGCCAGCUGUGGACCAGAUUCACAUUUUUUGUGAUGCAUGUGCUCUGUCAUCUGAGUAGACAACCCACAGAGACCUGCUAUUAUUUGCUUGUUCAAGAUACAGAAAUGAAGUGGAAUGGAGGCUAUAUAAAAGAAUAUCUGCCAUCAGAAAAAUAGAUGGAUGUGUUCCUUUUGUAUAGUGAUUCUGACAAAUACAAACUAUGAUUUAGCAGGCCGAUCCCUAUCUACAGUUAGUCUACAGUAAGGCCUGCUGUAUUCAGUUUGUAUAUUUUAGAAAAUAUGAAUGGAAAACUAUAAUGUUGUUUUGAAAAUGGUUAAUAGGAACAUUAUACAACAUAGACAUACAAGUCAUCAUAAACAAAAGAAACUUUGGAAGUUUGACUAAAGCAGUGCUUCACAGACUUUCAUCCUCCAGAAGUCCCUGCUGGCACAGCCAAUAGCCAGAUAUUCUGUAAGCUGAAGUCCUAAACACCUGGAGGGCCAAAGAACCACUGGACUUAGGAAACAGCAGGUGAGGGUGAGACUGUUUCAUUUUCCCCUCUCAAGAUAUUUUUAUGAUCACAUUUUCACUUUCCUAACAACUUAUCUUUCAUCUAGGGUGGAAAAGGUAUAAUACACUUCCUCUCUUAUCCCUUAUAUGAAUCCAAGCUCACACAUAUGUAUUUGCAUAUAUGCUAUUUCCACAUUCCUCUAAUACCACUGCAGAGGCCACAGUUGCUACUAUGAAGCAAAGGAAGCAUAUUUUCUUCUUUGCUUUUGUAAUUUUAGUGCCUCCAACUUCAGCUGAUAUGCAUCCCAUCCAUGAGGUGAACUGAGACCAAAGCAAAAGUGACUGGACUCUUUAGCAGUGAGACCUGCUGCAGUGAAAACAGAAUGCAAACUUCUGUCUGAAUGUACUGAUUUUUCCUAUAUACACAUGUGCAGGGGUUUGCUGUUAUUUGUUGAUUUUAGUUAUAAUAUUCAUAAAUUUUGGAAAGUGGUGGGACAUACAUUAAAUAACAAAAUAAAAUGUAUGAAGGCUUCAGUACAAAUGAUCCUGACAUAGGGUCUGAACUUCACUAAGUGAAUUGUACUAAUUUUCUAUUGAAAUAUUGGCUAAAUUAACUUGAUUUUGAUAUGACUAAUAUUUAGGCCUAAAUCUCAUUCCUGUUCUUUGUUAGAGUAGAUCCAUAAAGCAAAGCUAGCGCUGAUUUACUAUUCAGCUAUUAAUUCAGUGAGUUUAUUCCAGCUGGGAUUUGCAGUUGAAUUUACACAAUUUCCCAUACUUAUGUAUAAUAUAAGCGACAGACCUUCUGAAGAGCUAAUAUGUGGCACAAGCCAUACCACAUACCCAAACUAUUGCUGAAGAACUGUGGAAACUAGUCCUCAUUCAAGUUAAACCGAAUGUAAAGGGUCAAUCUUUUUGGAUUUUCCUUUUUCCUAUUCGUUUUAAUUUUUUAUGCUACAUAAUUGUUCAGUAUAAAAUAACAUUUAUUUAGAAUUAUUGUUGUACACAUUUUUGGACAUUAUUUUUGAGAUAGACAGUAAUGCUGUUGAAGUAAAGAAAUUUUUGUUAUUGAUAUCAAAUAAUAAAAGCUUUAUAUAAUUCCUUGAUGCAGUAUUAUUCUCUUGUCUUCAUUUGUGAUAAUCCACAAUACACAUUUUGAGAUUUUCCAUGUAUUUAUUCUAUAUAUUAUAUGGUUUCUUUAUGUAAUCAGCUGCUUUGUAUUCACACAUGAAGAUACGUCAUGUAUUUAGAAUAAAUAAUUUUGCAAGGCUG